ACGGACUGAUGUUUUUUCAGCAAUCUCAUCGUGGAGAUUACAUGCAGGACCUCUCGCGACAGCAGAGGUGGGCUCGUGGCGAGGGCGGUUCUCGCAACGCCGGUACGGGACGCGCUUCUGCUGUAACUGGUAUCGCGAAAUCCGCCAGGGCUGGCGGUGGUGCUCUCGCAGGUAGACGUACGGAACAGGGCCAACCUCGCGAGAAGGUCAGCUCUGCGAAACUUGGCAAGGCUUCCAGUAUCUUGUCUGCUGUGUCGAGCAGGCGCUCUAAGUUUGCGUAGCCGACUUGCGAGGCCUUCGUAUCAUCAUAUCCGUUUUCGUGUACCAUACUAUAUACCCACGUUUUCCCAUGCCCAGCAAUCCUAAUCGUUCUGUACAGUCGUUCUGUAUGCCGCCAUGUAUACCAUCCCCCACCUGGCAUUAAUAUUAUUAUCACCUUGAUCUGUCUGCGGCGCGUCUAAAAACCCCUCGUCUCGUCUGUGUCAACCGUCAUGAUAUCAGCCGCAGAUGCUGCCAACGUCGCCUCGUCCUCGCUGCCUGAGCAGACAGACAGCACGCUGAAGAUCGAGGAAGGCGAGGACACGCCCGCGGUGCAACAGCUCAAAUCGCUCCUCAAUCGCACCCUGCGUGUGACGACUCGCGACGGACGAGUCUUCCUCGGGUCCUUCGCGGGCACCGACAAGCUGCUCAACGUCCUCCUUAUGAACACAGACGAGUUCCGGUUUUCGCCCCCGCAGCACGCGAAUCCGGGCGGACGCUUCGUCGGGCUUGUGCUCAUCCCCUGGAAGCUGAUCAUGAGCGUCGAGGCGCAGAGUGCGCACCAACCGAGGGUGGUCGACGUCGACCCUGGCGUCGGCUUGCGGGGGAUCGUGGAGACGUGCGACGAUGCCGAUGACGGAUUAUACACCUAGACGCAGCGUAGAGCUUCUGAAUUCAACGUCGUGAGUACACCUUCGGCAAGCUACUUGAGCUAUAGUGAAUUGUUGCCGGCGCCAUCGUCGGUCUUCUGAGGCUUUCAGGACCGCCGUUGAUGAGCAUCACGAUCGGUUUGAAGGGCCUCCGAGCUCGGCAGAUGUGACCGAGUCCGACGCAUUCAGGCUUUGUCAUAGGACUACGCUGUCGCCGAGCACCAUCCUCACCGAGUUGAGAGCAAGUACACGUAUGGGUAGUGAACAGGGCGCGGUAUUAAGGUUGCAAGGGGUAUAUACAAUGCCGUACUCAUGUAGAUGAAGUUCCCGAAAUUACGAAUUGAUCGUCGGUCAUUAUCUCGUCUAUCCAAACGUCUCUCGAACGUCCCGAUUAUAUCAUAUAGAUUUCUACAGUUUGCGAGCAAUUGAAGCAUAAUUAUCUUGGCUUCAAUAGAACGAUUGCUUGCCGUACGCGCGUCCGAACCGCCAGGGGACAUUGCGGGGUGGACGCGAGGGGGCAAUGUUGUAGGUGAACACCGCUUGUCGGGAGUGGGUGUUGCAGCGCCGCUUUGAGUUGGACUGGUUGAUCUACACGUCAAAGCAGGGACUAAGCUCUCCGUCCGUCGUUCAGGAGUCACGGCCGGGCGCACCUUGUGUCUCAGCAUGAUCAGCUUCGCCAUGCACGCGGGUGGUCCCGUCUCUCGUAUUGGGUUGCCUGCGGAGCGCAAUAGGGCCGCACGGUCAAUGUCACAGACGUCAUCGGGCAGGAGUAGCAGGAGGGAUUCUUACGGGUCGACACCAAUGCCAGACCGGCUUCGUGCGCGUCGAGGAUCUCGUCGCACGCCAUGGUGGCCCACAUGGAAGGGAAAAGCAGGCAGCAGAGGAUGAGGGCGGCGACGAGAGAGACGAGGAACAUGGCGAGCAUCAUGCUCCUAGGGCGCAGGAGAGCGGCAGACGCUCGGAAAGGACCACAGAACGGGCAACGAGCGUGGGGGGUCUGGCA